GGUGCAGCAGUUGCGCGGUGACAGCGCACUCCGGCGCGCCCUAUUGGCUGGAUCAAACGCAAGCGAGCCGCUGAUUGGCCGGUGCUGCUGGAGGGUUACAAUUCAAACGCGGGCGGGCGGACCCCGGGUCCUGCAGUUGCAGUCGUGCUCUCCGAGUUCCUGUCUCCCUCCUCGCGCCGCCCGGAUGGCCUCCCAGAACCGCGACCCAGCUGCCGCCAGCGUCGCCGCCGCCCGCAAAGGAGCCGAGCCCAGCGGGGGCGCCGCCCGUGGACCCGUGGGCAAGAGGCUACAGCAGGAGCUGAUGACCCUCAUGAUGUCCGGUGACAAAGGAAUUUCUGCCUUCCCUGAAUCAGACAACCUUUUCAAAUGGGUGGGGACCAUCCACGGAGCAGCUGGCACAGUGUAUGAAGACCUGCGGUAUAAGCUCUCCUUGGAGUUCCCCAGUGGCUACCCCUACAAUGCGCCCACGGUGAAAUUCCUCACACCCUGCUACCACCCCAACGUGGACACCCAGGGGAACAUCUGCCUGGACAUCCUGAAGGACAAGUGGUCAGCCCUAUAUGACGUCAGGACCAUCCUGCUGUCCAUCCAGAGCCUGCUAGGAGAACCAAACAUUGAUAGUCCUUUGAACACACACGCUGCCGAGCUCUGGAAAAACCCCACAGCCUUUAAGAAGUACCUACAAGAAACCUACUCAAAGCAGGUCUCCAGCCAAGAUCCCUGACUGUCCAGUCUCUCUCCUUGUGUUGUCUUUUUAUUUUCUCCUUAGACAGUCUGUCUUUUUCUUCAUUUCUAUCUAGGACUGUGUAUCUUCAGCUGUGGUGUCAUUUUUGUUUUGUUUCUGUUUUUUAAAUUAAGUCUCUGGUUGAGCCCUUGUGAUGAAUAUAUUAAAUAAAUACAUUGGAUUUUUUUUUU